AUGGCUAGGUCAGGAUUGCGCGCGCCGCCAAAGGACGGCAGUCCCGCUUUACGGGACGAGGCCAAAGCCGAAAAGACAGGCUCCCAGUGGUCCAAGCAGUAUUGGUGGCUUCCGCCGGGACUUGUUUUGGUAGCUCCGCACUACCAGCAGGCCAACCUACAGUUGUCGUCACAAGGCGCAGUCAUUAGCGACAUGAGCCCCAUCCGUGAAUCGGCAUAUAAUACCUGGAGACGAAACUGGUCACAGCAGCAUUGCGGCCGCUAUGGUUAA